AUAUCUCCUUUUAGCAUGAGAAACAACAAGGAUGGGGGAUUGAGAAUCAUAUUUUUACUGAGUGUUCUCCUGUUCUGUAUCAGCCAUGUAAGAAGUGAAGGUGCCGAUGAUGAACUAGAACCCAAACAAAACUAUCUCGUAGACCCACCUUCAGAGAACACACCUGAUGAGAAGUUGUCAUCAGAAACGGAGGAAGAGCUGACAGACAGAAUAUUAGAAGAAAUAUUAGAGAAAAAUAGUGAGAUUGUCGAGGAGACCUCAGUUUUUAAAGACGUUCAACCGGUCUCUGAGAACAAUGAAAAUGUUGAAGAACCUCCAAUUUUAGAGGAUGAUGAAACAGUUUCCAAGGACAAUGAAAAUGUAGCCGAACCUCCAGUCGUCAAGAAUGAGAUACCAAUAGUUGGACGAGAAAAGAAAUUACUAUCUGAUAUUGUAAAAAAUGCACGACAGACUGUUCAAGAUGUUGUGGAUGAGGCUUUCGAUCCAAAGAGAGCACCCAAAGAAAACUACAAUGGAGUGGAGGGGUCAUACAAAGGUUCAUUUGACUCGGAUGAUCAGCAUGCACCUGCAUCGGCAACAUUUGAUAUGCAUGGUAACCCGGUGUAUGAAGAAACUCCAUCCAGCUCGCCCCCAAUAGACGAUGAUUAUAUGAACGAAUUACCUGAUGAAGAUGAUGAAUUAGAUUAUGAUGAGGAUGAUGAAGAUGAUUUCAAAACAGACGAAACGACCGUGAAAAGUCCCGAUGAAGAUGAGAUGGGGUUAAAAGGAAUGCCAGUUCCAGAAAGUGGUCAGACAGAGGAGGCUAUGAAUAUGCCAGAUCGACCUAAGCGAGUACCUAAAUCCCUGCAGCACGCUACAUUUGAGAAUUACAAUGAGGUAGAUGAGGUUCCCGCUCCACCAGUGGAGGAGAAAGAAGUGCCCGGAUCAGAGGAAGUGGAAGAAGCGGAGGAGAUCCUGGGACUACGGCAAACUGGAGUGAGGCAGGAGACACUGGAUGGAGUCGUUCAUAAACCUAACUACAGGAAGGCGUAUGCGUUGUUGCAAACGGCCAGCAGCAAGGGAAACAACAAGGCUAAAGUUUUACUAGGAUUUGCUCAUCUCACAGGAGACCACGAACCGUACGUGUCCCACAACACCUCCUUAGCAUUUGAGAUGUUUGAGAAGGCUGCUAAAUCUGGGUUACCCAGUGCACAGCGAGCCCUGGCUAUCAUGCACUCGUCUGGCAUCCAGGCUGACAGUAGUCAGUCAAAGGCAUUGUUGUACUACACAUUCGCUGCGUUGGGUGGCGACUCUAUAGCGCAGAUGGCACUAGCAUUCCGGUACUGGAGCGGGAUAUCGGUAGCACAGAGCUGUGAGAGUGCUCUCAAAUACUACAGACUUGUCGCUGAUAAUGUGGCCAGAAAAGUAGGAUCAGCUGGCAUAGGUCAGGUAGUGUUACGUAUCAGACUCAUGGAAGAGGAAGAGUCUCCUCAGAACAGUCCUAUAUUAGAUGAGGAUCUAGUUCAGUAUUACCAGUUCCUCGCUGAUAAAGGUGACUUACAAGCUCAGCUCGGAUUAGGACAGCUCUACUUACAAGGGGGACGAGGGAUAGAGAGAAAUAUUAAACUGGCACAAAACUAUUUCAGUGCUGCCGCUAAAUCAGGCAACACAAACGCGUAUGGGUACAUGGGUAAGAUCUCAAUGCAGCUAAAAGAGUACGAUGUGGCUCUGAAGUACUACAAGUUAGCUACUAAAGACCCAAUGGGACAGUGGGGUAUGGGAACAUUAUACUACAACGGCUGGGGCGUAGACCAGGAUUACUCUCAGGCGUUGUCAUAUUUCACGCUGGCAUCCCAACAAGGACAUACCGAGGCUGAGUUACAGUUGGGUCUCAUGCAUCUUAGUGGUAUUGGUGUUAAGAAGGAUCAUGGUAUUGCCCUUAAACAUUUCAACGUGGCUUCUAAAUCAGGUCAUGUGUUAGCGUUUUACAAUCUCGGUAUGAUGCACGCCAUGGGUAUUGGGGUAAUGAGGAAUUGCCAGACUUCUGCUGAGUUGCUGAAGAAUGUAGCUGAACGAGGUACUUGGGGUAACGAACUUAUGGACGCUCAUGCGCUUUAUCAUAAGGGCUACGUCGACUCAGCACUUAUAAAGUAUCUCAUACUGGCUGAACAAGGAUAUGAAGUUGCACAGGCGAACGUCGCCUUUAUCCUGGACAAAGAUGACACCGAUUUUAUCCGAAACUUGAAAUCUCGUUACAAGAGAGCUUUUAUUAAUUGGAAGAGGGCAGCAGCUCAAGGAUUUGGUGGUGCAAGAUUAAAACUGGGAGAUUACUAUUACUACGGACAAGGUACUGAACCAAAUCCAGUUGAAGCAGCAGAGCAGUACCAAAUAGCUAGUGAUGUGGACCACAACCCACAAGCCAUGUUCAACUUGGGCUACAUGCACGAACUUGGCAUUGGUCGAACACAGGAUAUGCAUCUAGCAAAGCGGUACUACGACAUGGCAGCAUCGGCCAGUGUAGAUGCACACGUUCCAACUAUGUUAGCAAACGCUAAACUCAUGACCAAGCUACAUAUUGAAUGGUUAAUACAGUUCUAUCAGGAGUUUACAUUUACGAUGCUUUACGACAGUAUCCUAGUUUGGUAUACGUCCUGGGCUGUAUACUUCACUGAAAACGUUGAGGGAUUGACUCAGUUCUUCGUACAGCUCGACGAAAGCGCUACUGAGGACUGGGAUAUAUACCUAAUGUCAGUAUUAGCGAUAGUAUUGGGUCUAGUAAUGGCUUUGAGGGGCCACAACGUAAGGGCCGCACAGCUGAGAGCGCAGCAGAACGUGCCGCAGCAACCACCAAAUCAGUAAUCAUGUGCUCUGACUCCCGCAGAGUAGAUAGACACUGGACAGUUAAAACAGUUGUAGUAUUUAAAUGAUUUUGAAGAAGCUGACAGUUUACUGUUGCAAGUUUUUCGGGAAAAAGAUAAGUUUUCGAGGACAAUUCUUAUGUUUGAUCUCUUUUAACGAUCUAAUGUACAUAAUAUUUGAAGGCUACAACUCUAUUUAUCGUCUACAGCCGUAUUUAAUUCUAACGGUGUGGUUAAAUGGGAAUUAUUUCGUCACUUGAUGUGAUUCCUGCGGGUUACAGGAAUGUGAUCACGAUCAAAGUGCAAUUUUGCUUAAAUUCAACUGUUUUUUGUUAAUACUGUAUUGCAGAUAAUAUCAUGGAUUUUGUAACUGUGUUAAAGUUAAACUGACCCGACACCCUAAACUUUCAGUUAAAAA